AUUAUUAAUACAAUUCCCAGAAACAUUUGCAUGUCUUUUACCAAGUGUGUUGGAGUUGUUGAAAAAUCAGCCUUCAUGUUUAUGCUAGCGAUAGCUACAUGUACACAGUCUUGAUCAGACACGUUUAUAGCGGAGGUUUCAAGAAGCUGAUUGGCAUCGUUACAAGUUAGAAUGGAAGCAAGCACUUGCAGGAACACUCAUGGUGAUCCACCAAAGAUCAGUGUUAAUCUUCCAAAGUUAAGUGAGCUUACCCAGUCGAAAAAACGUUGGAGGGAGGUUCAACUCCCAAUUGACAUUCUGUUGUUAACAGUGAAAGACGUUGAGUUUUUAAGUUGCUACUAUUACAUUAAUGAUCUAAUCAAAAGCUAUCUCAAAGGGCUUGGUUUAGUAUACUUUGGCAGCAUUGGUGAAGAUAAAGAUGUCAAACUGAAAGUUGCUUUGAUGAAAUGCUCAGAGGGUUCUAACGUUCCUGGUGGUGCUUUGAUCGUUGUAAAAAAUGCUGUCACUCAGCUGAGGCCAAAAGCUGUCUUUUCUGUAGGCCACUGUAGUGGUAUGAAUCAGGAAUCGACAAAGCUGGGGGAUGUGGUUGUAUCAAAAAAGCUCACAACUUAUUCCUAUCAGAAGGUUGCUAAGGAUGGCAAGAAAUUUCGUGGGUUCAUAACUCCUGUAAGCAGAGACAUCGCUGAACUCAUCGAAUGUGCAGGUCAUGGUUGGAAUCCACCCCUAGAAAAUCCUAAAGAAAGGAAGGUUGAAGUCCACUGUGGUGAGGUUUUGAGUGGUUCAGAGCUCGUACAAGCUGAGUGGCGACGAGAUGAACUAGUGAAGUCAUUUCCUGAAGCAAUUGCAAUUGAGACAGAAGGAGAGGGAGUUUUCAGCGCAGCACGUGAUCUGAAAAUGGAAUGGGUCGUUAUCAGGGGUAUUUCAGGGUAUGCAGAUGGAACUGAAGCAAACGAAAACUGGCAAACAUUUGCAAGUGUAACAGCAGCUUCUUUUGUUGUCAGCAUUCUAAACCAAGGCAAUGAUUUUGAAGAUUGGCCACAUUACCAAGAUGGUCGAAAUAAAGAAUCGUCUCCGCGUGACGCUUUAACUCCAAAGAAAGGAAAAACUCGUUUAACAGUCAAGCAAGGAGUUCCCAGUGACGAAGAUGUAGAGUGGCUUUCGCACCAACUCGAAAAUUGGCAGGAACUCGGGCGUCGUCUCGAAAUUGAGGAAGCAACUUUAACGGCGUUUGACGAUGACUAUAAGAAAAAGCGUCAAAAAAUCUACAAAAUGUUACGACAUUGGAAAGAGAAGGAUGGCUCAGCUGCAACAUACAAGGUCUUACAUGAUGGAUUGUGUCAUGAAUUUGUUAAGCGCACAGAUUUAGCUGAGAAACUUUGCUGUCAACAGCAUGAAUGACUGUUUACUUUAUUGACUCAUAGAUAGCUUUUAUUUCUAUUUUUAUUGAUUAUUCCACUGUCAAAUGAACAAGUAUCCCCAGUAUGGCUACACUAUUACAAUGUGAAGUACUAAAUCAGUUAUCUUCCUUUUCUUCAUGGGUUCGUUUUUCUGUCUCUUACACACAUGCAUCUUUCUAUUCUUCUAAUGAAAAACGUCAAGUGGUCGAGGAUAUUACUAGUUAUCAGCCACCCAUAACUUUUCGUGUAACUCUAUUGACUACUUAACGUCACGUGGUACAAAAUCACCGGAUAGUUUUGACGUAAUAAUCACCAUUUACAUGACAUUUGUCCCCCGAUUAUUUCCGUCGAAAAGAAAGCAAGACAGCGGAAAAAAGCCAGCAUUCGAGUUUCACUUUUUUAUCUUUCUUAUUGAACCUGUGAGAAGAAUUAAGUUAUUCUGAGUAGUUCACUGGUAGUGAUAUUAAAAAACUGAUCUUAAAUGCUGGUCCGGAAAGUAAAAAAAAAAAUUAACAAAAUUUUUGUUGUCAACGCGCGAUAUGAAAAUUAAUGGGAGGGUUAUGAAUUAAAUAAAUUCACUUCUGGCAUGUUGGUAUUUCGGGGGAUAAUUUCUUGGCUGAAAUAUUGUCUUGAAAAUUUUAUCAUUUGUCCUCGAAGCUUAUCGGCCAAAAAAUUCAAUUUUCGGACAAUAGCUCAGUCGCGGACAUGAUCAGCUGACGCACUAGCCGUCUAAAGACGUUUAUGUACUAAACAUUCGCUGAGUUGCUCUGUCAAUACCAUUGCAGUGUUGCCGAAGGCAUACGUCAUGUUACGCAUUUGCAUCACAGGUGUUAUCUAUACGUAAUGCACAUGCAUUCCUCCUUCAAUUGUUGGCUUAGACGCAGUACUGAAUUAGAAAUUUGAGGCGCUUUUUUCAGAGAGGUUUGGUGAAACCAAAAUUCAGCGUGCUGAGAAUCUCACGCCGAGAACACGAAUAUAUGCCGUGUUUUGUAGUUGAUACUGAGAUUCAACAACAGUUCUUCUCAAAGAAUUGUAAAUUCACGAGGAAAAGACUCCGUAAAUAGCUAGGCAACGAAAAAAUGUGGUUCCCCUACACUCGAUUAGGCUUGGACAAAAGGCAAAGUUCUUGAAACAGUCGGCUUGCCUGAUAAUGAUAUAAAUUUGAUAUUGGAUGUUCAUGUUUGAUUAAUUGCCUACGAUAAUUUACGAUGUAGAAUAUUUGUCAACGAAACGUUUCGUUUCGGCCUAUGGAAUGGUUCUAU